AUGUACAUUGUGGUUGUUUUAGAUGGAAAUCAUGAACCCCUUCUCAUAGCAUUUGCUUUGGGAACCAUAAACUGUGACAAUUCAUGGUUAUGGUUCAUGAGGAGGCUUAAAGAAUGUUUAGUUGACAAUACGGAAGUUGGUUUCAUAAGCCAUAUGUCUGAUUCCAUAGACUUUGCAGUUCAAAGAGUCUACCUUGAUUCAUAUCAUGGAUAUUGUUGUAAACAUAUAGCUGAGAAAAUAUGCGCUUCCACCGGAAGCAAUACAGUUGUAGAGCAACUGUUCUGGAAGACUUGUAAAGCUUUUUUCCCUAAAGUACGUUUCAAUGUUAAAUCCAUUGACAUUCCCAAUGUUGUCAAUUGGAUAAAAACAAACAGCCAUGAGUUUCCAAUAACAACAAUCAUUGAAAUGGUCCGUGACUCAAUGCAAGCAUUUCAUUUCACAGGGGAUUUUCAUGGUAUUCUAACUCCUUAUGCACUAAAGGUGCUUCAUAAAAGAUUUAUCCAUUCCGAUGGUUGUAGUAUUAGGCAUAUUGUUGGUGACACAUAUGAAGUGCGUAAGUAUUCAACCACCGAAACUGUGCAAUUAGACCGUGGUAUUUGUAGUUGUGGUAAAUGGCAAAAAUGCGGUAUACCUUGUGAGCAUGCUAUAGCUUCACUACAAAGGCUUGAAAUUGUAGAAAUCCAGCAAAUGGUACAUUUAAAGUUAACUACCGUGGUGUAUUGA